AUGUGCAAAUUAAAGGUGGAAAACACUUUGAAUACUUUCACGGCUACAUUUGAGUUGCAUCAUUAUUUGAAGCAAAUGGCCAGCUUUGUAAUCUCUGUGUUUGUUUUCUGCCUGUUAGCAAUUUCAUUAUCCGAAGCUCUUAACCUUCCCACAAAAGAGCAACAAAAUUGGAUAAACCAUGGUGGAGACAUAUACAAUAGAAGAUAUGCCAACAAAGAACACAAAAUCAGCCGUGAAACCAUUUCAAACUUAAGCCUAAAAUGGAAAUUCUAUGCAGGGAAAGACAUAACUGCAACCCCAUCUAUCUUUGAUGGAAUUCUCUAUUUUCCAUCAUGGAAUGGUGAAAUGUUUGCAGUAAGAGCAUGUGAUGGAAGCCUUGUUUGGAAGCAAAACUUGCAAGAACUGACAGGGUUAACACCAACAGGGUUGGUUGCUGGUGUUAAUUGGACAGUGGCUAGGGCAACACCAACUAUAGCUGAUGAAUUUGUGAUUGUUGGAAUCUAUGGUCCUGCUGUGGUUAUUGCUCUCAAGAGAUUAACUGGAGAGUUAGUUUGGCAGACAAGGUUGGAUAGUCAUGAUUCAAGUACUGUGACCAUGUCCGGAACUUACUAUAAAGGGGCUUUUUAUGUAGGUACAUCCUCACUAGAAGAACUGAAAAGCGUUGAAGAAUGUUGCACAUUCCGGGGAAGCUUUUCAAAGCUAGAUAUUUGCACUGGCGCCAUCUUGUGGCAAACCUACAUGCUGCCAGAUAACCAUGGAAAACUAGGAGAGUACGCCGGAGCCGCCGUGUGGGGAAGUAGUCCUUCCAUUGACGAGGCAAGGAACCAUGUUUACAUUGCGACUGGAAACUUGUACUCGGCGCCUUUGCGUGUUGAAGAGUUGGUAUCAUCAAUUGGGAGGGUAUGA